AUGUAUACGCAAUUUGAUGAGAAAGACCCCAACUAUUUGGAUCUCCAGUCAGGGGCACCUCACCGUGAUCUAUUGCCGCUAGAUAUCAUACGUACAUCCACACAGCUUUCGCUGGACCAGUCGUUAUGGCCCCCUUCAUUGAAUGGUCUCUCUCUACAGGACUAUGCCUUGCAGUAUAGUCCCAAUGAUGGCAGCCCAGAAAUCCGGGAAUCUAUUGCUUCUACGCUUUCAGGCUCGUACUCAAACCAAAAGGACCUGGUAAAAGAACGGAUCAUGCUGCACACGGGCGCUAGUCAAGGCCUUAUGACUCUUCUUACGUGGCUUCAAGUACCGACUAGUUCUCAGCAUAAGAAUAAGCGGCCCCUGCCACAUCUGUACCUACCAACAACAACGUACUUUAUUGCCUUGUCCAUGUUUCAGGAAGCUGGUAUCGAUAUGGACAAGGAUGUGACGAUCGUGGAUGAGCAGAACGAUGGAAUCAAUCUUGUUGUUUUGGAAGAAGAAUUAAAAAAGCGCACGAAUCUGGAAAGCGAUGCCAAAUAUGAUGGUCUUUUAUACCUUAUUCCAACGCACGCAAACCCGACUAGUACUAUCCUAUCAGAUGAGAAACGUCGUCAGCUUGUGGCACUUGCUCAGCAGUAUCGGCUUCUUGUCGUCACGGAUGACGUAUACGAACUCCUGACAUUUCCACCGCAUGCCUCUGCAGUUCCUCCUAGGCUGGCAUGGUAUGAUAUGAAAUAUGGAUCUGGCAAGAACGUGAUUGGCAACAACUCUUUUUCAAAGGUGCUUGGCCCUGGUCUUCGUGUAGGCUAUUAUGAAGCCGAUCCAAGUAUUCUGCAAGAACUCUAUUCGCUGGGCUGGAUUGAGUCUGGUGGCUGUCCUUCCAACUUUGCAUCGCGAAUGCUGCUUCCUCUAUUUUGCGAAGCGCUUACCCCGCAUUUCCCACAGGUUUCAUCGUCGCGUACCGCACUUGAGCAUGUGGUUUCGCAAAUACAAUCUUCGCUGGAAGCACGGUGCCAGUAUCUUAUUGACGCAAUCGAGGAGUACUUAUUCCCGCUAGGUUUUACGCUCCCUUACGGUAAACCCUGCGGUGGUUAUUUUCUUUUCCUUGGCUUGCCGUCCUCUAUGGAAGUGGCUACAGUGUUACAGGCUUUGGAGGAUGUCAAAAUUUAUGUAUCCACAAGCAAAAAUUUCUGCGUACAGCCUUCCAAACUGAAACAAGCGCUUGGAAUUGACUGUCUCCGGAUCUCAUUCACGUUUUACAACCAGGCAUUGCUGCGGCCACGCCUGGCUCGCUUGGUGGAGGUCUUGCAACCGUAG